ACCAGAGUUAUCUGCAGAUAUCCGUAAAAGACAGUAAAAGACCCGUAAGUGCCCGCAAGUGCCCGUCAGACCCGUGUAAGACAUCUGAAGAAAAUCACUGUUCAGAUAUCUAAAAAAGUUACCAGAGAGAUAUCAUUCUGAUAACUGAUAAUGUAUUUUGGAGCACACUCAAGCGAGUGACAGUGACAAAUCGCGCAUUAUUAAAAAAUUGUAAUGAUGGCUGCACCAACGAUUACUUUAAGUAAUGUACAAAAAAUACCCGUGUUAGGGCUCGGCACUUGGCAAGGAGGAGACGAUCCAAGUUCUGUCGAGCAGGCCAUACGAGAUGCAGUGGAUGCCGGAUACCGUCAUUUCGAUUGUGCUUUCAUUUAUGGUAACGAAAAAGAAAUCGGUAAAGCUAUACGUGAAAAAAUUGACGAGGGCGUCGUUAAGAGAGAAGAUUUAUUCAUUACAACAAAGUUAUGGAAUGUAUUCCACAAGAGGGAAGAUGUAGUGCCAGCAUGCAUAAAGUCAGUUAAAAACUUUGGUUUGGACUAUGUGGAUCUUUACCUGGUUCACUGGCCUAUGGCUUUUACUGGAAAUGCAGAUUGUCUGUGGCCAGUAGAUAAGGAUGGAAAUCCUUUAUGCGGAGAUGAGGAUUAUCUGGACACCUGGCGUGGUAUGGAGGAAUGCGUGAAGUUAGGACUAACAAAGAGUAUCGGUCUCAGCAAUUUCAAUUCCCAGCAAAUUCAACGUGUCUUAUCAGUGGCCACAAUCAAGCCAGUAAUGAAUCAAAUCGAAUGCCACCCGAGGUUGAACCAAAAGAAGCUACAAAAAUUUUGCGCCGAGCGUGGCAUAGCUAUCACAGCUUAUAGUCCAUUUGGUUCACCUUUGCGACCUUGGGCAAAACCCGAUGAACCCCAAGUUUCGGCCCUCGAGUCACCGGAAAUACUUAAACUUGGCAAAAAAUAUGGCAAAACGCCUGCCCAAAUCAUUUUGCGAUAUUUGAUUGACAUCGGUACGAUCCCUAUACCAAAAUCCAGUUCAAAGGAACGUAUAGAGCAGAAUAUUAGUAUCUUUGAUUUUAAACUGACACCAGAAGAAAUUGCAUCGAUAGACGCACUCGACCGUGGAAUGCGAGUAGUCGCUCCUGAACUGUUCAUGAAGCACAAGGACUAUCCAUUCAAUAUAGAAUUCUAAAAAGGCAUUCAAAUUAUAAGACUCAAAUACCAUUUAACGCAAAUUAUUAUG